UUCAACCCCAUAUAUCUUCUUUGUUUCUUUCAUUUUUCCUUUCUAUCUUCUCUCCUUCAGUAAAAAUCACUGAACAGCUCCUAUCAACAGUGACACUCUUUCACAAUUAAAUCAAAAAAACCAAAUCCACUAUCAGAACCCCAUUUUUCAUAUUUCAAUCCACCUUCACCCCCAUAAUCUUUCUUGACCUUUUUCUUGAAUUCAAACAUCAAAGUUCUAGUCUUUUUUCAACUUCUUUCACUCUCAGGGGCUCUGUUCUUGAACCCCAUUGAAGGGUCACAUCUGGGUACUCUUGCUUCCACGUGGGUUUUUGAGCAAAGUUUGAAGCUUUUUCCUCUUCUACUUUGCCCCCAAUUGAUGGGACUCUAAAUGGGUUCUUUGGAAUCUGGGAUCCCAUUGAAGAAAGGGAGCUUGUUUGGUCCUCAGUCCAAUAGAAAAGAGAGGCACCCUUUUUCUCAGAGGUUCAGAUCGAGCUUCUCGCGUUUGAUUUUCAAGAAACUUGAUUAUGUUCAAUGGAUUUGCACGGUGGUGGUGUUUCUUUGCUUGGUCGUUGUGUUCCAAAUGUUCCUUCCAGGUUCUGUUUUGGAAAACUCAGAGGAUUCCUUGAGAGCUGUGAAGAUGCAUUCUAGGAACAUGUCUCAAUAUAAAGACAUAGACAAGUAUGUCUUGGACACUGGGGAGGGUGCUAUUUUUCUGCCUAGGAUUUUGGAGAAAUUCAGAAGAGAUGAUGGUAGGAAUGUGAAUCUGUUCAAUCACACUGUGCAACAUUUCGGGUACAGAAAGCCUCAGCUGGCACUGGUAUUUGGAGAAUUGUUUGUUGAUUCACAACAAUUGCUUAUGGUAACAAUUGCAGCUGCUUUGCUAGAGAUUGGCUACGCAAUUCAGGUCUUUUCACUGGAAGAUGGACCAGGGCGUAAUGUGUGGAUAAAUUUAAGAGUUCCCAUCACGGUCAUUCGAACCUGUGACCAGCCAGACAACACCGUAGACUGGCUAAACUAUGAUGGUAUAAUUGUGAGCUCUGUUGAAGCCAAGGGUGCCUUUUCUUGUUUUUUGCAGGAACCUUUCAAGUCUAUACCGCUUAUAUGGAUCAUUCAUGAAAAUGCUCUUGCUAAUCGUUCAAGACAAUAUACUACAAGAGGGCAGAUUGAACUUUUGAAUGACUGGAGAAGAAUUUUCAACCGUUCAACAGUUGUUGUCUUUCCAAACUAUGCCUUGCCGGUGAUUUACUCCACGUUUGAUGCGGGAAACUUUUACGUCAUUCCUGGUUCCCCUGCUGCAGCAGUAGAAGCAGAUGCAUUUAUGGGCUUACAGAAAGAUAAUUUGCGUAUCAAUAUGGGCUAUGGCCCGGAAGAUGUGAUUAUCGCAAUUGUGGGCAGUAAAUUUUUGUACAAGAGCAUGUGGUUGGGGCAUGCCAUUGUUUUGCGGGCUUUAUCAUCACUUCUGGCGGACUUCCCUUUAAGCAAAGAUAAUUCCAGUGCACAACUACGAAUCAUUGUUCAUAGUGGGGAAUUAACAAAUAACUACAGUGUGGCUCUUGAGACCGUGGCACGUAGCUUGAAAUAUCCAAGAGGUAUUAUAGAGCAUAUAGCUGGAGAUUUGAAUGCAGAUUCUGUUCUUGGCACAGCAGAUGUUGUGAUAUAUGGAUCCUUCCUUGAAGAGCAGUCUUUUCCAGAGAUUUUGAUGAAAGCCAUGUGCUUUGAGAAACCGAUUAUUGCUCCUGAUGUUCCCAUGAUCAGAAAAUAUGUAGACGACCGGGUGAAUGGGUAUCUCUUCCCUAAGGAUAAUAUUAGAGUUCUGAGACAAAUUGUGUUAGAAGUGAUCUCAAAAGGGAAAAUAUCACCCCUGGCUCGUAACAUUGCUUCAAUAGGGAGAAGCACUGCAAAGAACCUUAUGGUUUCCGAAGCAAUUGAUGGAUAUGCAUAUUUACUUCAGAAUAUUCUCAGGCUUCCAUCGGAGGUUGCUCCUCCUAAAGCUGUUUCAGAAAUCCCCCCCAAUGUUAAAGAACAAUGGCAGUGGCAUUUGUUUGAAGCAGUUCCAAAUGUGACAUAUCAAAAUAGGGUAUUAAGAAGUAACACAUUUUUAGAUAAAUAUGAGGACCAGUGGAAUCAUUCUCAAAAAAAUGGUUCGGCUACUACGGUUGCAGCUGAUGAUAUAUUUGUGUAUAGCAUAUGGGAAGAAGAAAAAUAUAUUCAGAUGACUAUUACAAGAAAAAGGAGAGAGGAUGAAGAGUUGAAGGAUAGAACGGAGCAGUCACACGGAACAUGGGAGGAAGUAUAUCGAAAUGGUAAGAAGGCUGAUAGGUUAAAGAAUGAUUUGCAUGAAAGGGAUGAAGGAGAGCUUGAGAGGACGGGACAGCCCCUAUGCAUUUAUGAACCUUAUUUUGGGGAAGGAUCCUGGCCUUUUCUACAUCAAAGAUCUCUUUACCGUGGAGUUGGCCUGUCCACUAAAGGACGAAGACCAGGGCGAGAUGAUUUGGAUGCACCUUCUCGUCUUCCACUGCUUAAUAAUGCUUACUAUCGAGAUGUACUUGGUGAAUAUGGAGCCUUCUUUGCAAUUGCAAACAGGAUUGACCGUUUACACAAAAAUGCUUGGAUUGGGUUUCAGUCUUGGAGAGCAACAGCAAGGAAGGCAUCUUUGUCCAGAACUGCUGAAAAUGCAUUAUUAGAUGUUAUCCAAGCCAGAAGGUAUGGGGAUGCACUAUAUUUCUGGGUGCGCAUGGAUAUGGAUCCACGAAACCCUUUGCAGAAGGAUUUUUGGUCAUUUUGUGAUGCCAUUAAUGCAGGAAAUUGCAAGUUUGCAUUCUCAGAGGCCAUGAGGAGAAUGUAUGGGUUAAAAGAUGAUAUGGAUUCUUUGCCACCCAUGCCCCUAGAUGGUGACACUUGGUCUGUCAUGCAGAGUUGGGCUCUGCCUACGCGAUCCUUUUUAGAGUUUGUAAUGUUCUCCAGAAUGUUUGUAGAUGCAUUGGAUGCGCAGAUGUAUGAAGUGCAUCAUUCAACUGGACACUGCUCUUUGAGUUUGUCAAAAGAUAAACAUUGCUAUUCAAGGGUUCUUGAGCUUCUUGUGAAUGUCUGGGCAUACCACAGUGCAAGGAGGAUGGUGUUUGUGAACCCUGAGACUGGUGUAAUGCAGGAACAACACAAGUUCAAGAACCGUAGAGGUAAAAUGUGGAUCAAAUGGUUCUCAUACAGCACACUUAAGAGCAUGGAUGAGGACUUAGCAGAGUUAUCAGAUUCUGAGGAUCCUGGGAGGCAUUGGUUGUGGCCAUCAACAGGUGAAGUAUUCUGGCAAGGUGUAUAUGAGAGAGAGAGGAAUUUGAGGCACAAGGAGAAGGAAAAGAGGAAGCAAAAGAGUUUAGAAAAACUAAAUCGAAUGAGGAAGCGUCAUCGCCAACAAGUGAUAGGAAAAUACGUGAAGCCCCCACCAGAUGAGGUUGAAAGCUUCAAUUCAUCUUUGCUUGCAGUAAAUGAAUCAUGAUUCUACUUCUGUGAUGAAGAAUUCAAGGCAUCUUUCAAGUAUAUCCUGAUAUAAAAUUCUUUUCUUCUUUUGUAAUUUUCAUUUCAUUUUUCUUCAACACAAUUGUGAUUUUCAUGCAGAAAGGAUGCACAUUUCAGUUGAGGGUCGUGUGUGUAAAACCUGCAUCAUUCUAGGCAUUGAUGUUUGAUAAAAAUCUAAUGUGUAAAGUUUCUUUCUUUCUCUUUUUUCUUCUGUAAUUCCAUUCUUUCAGGAUAAUAGAUUCUUUUAGAGAAAGG